AGAGAGUACGCUGAAUUUGAGGAUGUCCCGUUGAGGUCCGGAGUGUCCUCCCCCCCCACUCUGUCUUCCCCGCUUUUUGUUCCAUUUUCCAACAAACUGUCUCGGAGAGAAAGCAGCUGAGGUGGUCUUGUCUCUCACUGCAGAGAGAGAGAGAGAGAGAGAGAGAGAGCUCAGUGUCGCUCGUUCGAGGCUGAAGCGAGGGGAGGAAGAACGCAAUGGGGAGAUCCACUGCGUCCUGCUUCAAGAUCAUCGCCUGCGGCGGCGAUUCCGCGGCCGACGAGGAUGAUGUCGAGGCCCCCGAGAUAAAGGGUGACAAGAGGGGCUGGAGUUUCCGUAAGAGGUCUGCCCGGCACCGUGUCCUGAGCAAUACAGUAAUUUCCGAAACUGCUCCUCCCCCUCCUCCUGUGGUGAAAAAGGAAGCCCCUGAAUCUGCUGCUGAUGUCAACUUUGAACUGCCAACUAACAUCGAAGUUCCUGAGAAAGUACCAGUUCCACAAUGUGUUGAUGAGAAACCCCAACUGCCCGCUUCCGUCGAUUCGAAGCCAUUUGAUGCUGAUCCCGUCUUGGACACGGAGAUUGAGAGUAAUGUGGACUUCAAAAUGGAGGAAUCUACUGUUGUUUUGAUCCAGUCCGCUGUUAGACGAUUCCUGGCUCAAAAAGAGUGCCUAAGGCUCAAGAAUGUGAUCAAGUUGCAAGCUGCUGUGAGGGGCCACUUGGUGAGGAAGCAUGCUGUGGGGACGCUACGAUGCGUGCAAGCUAUUGUGAAAAUGCAGGCUCUUGUUCGGGCUCAUCAGGCUCGGGCGUUAGCUGAAGGUCUUCUUGCAGACAACAAUGUAGAAGAUGGGAAGCCUAACGAGGAUGUCCAUAAGUCACAGGCCUCGGUAUUGUUCCAAGAUAAGGCAAAUGUGAAGAGUAAACUAUCUGUGACUUAUGUCUCCAUCGAGAAACUGCUGAGUAACAGGUUUGCCCGACAGCUCUUGGAAUCAACGCCGAGGGAGAAACCAAUCAACAUCAAGUGCGAUAUGUCAAAGUCGAACUCCGCCUGGACGUGGUUGGAAAGGUGGAUGUCUGUCUAUUCGGCUGAACCAUCUCCAAAUAACGACUUAACGCCUGUGCCGUCAAAUAGUGAGAAUACGUCGUCAAAAAGUGAGAGUGAGAACAGCUUGGCAUCACAGGCAGAGACCGAAAAUCCACCUGAAGUCUGUUCAGAGCCCGCAGAUUCAGUGGCCAGCAAAAAUGUGGCGGCAAGAACGUUGGAAAGCGACGACAAUCUCAUCACUCAUGAUGAGGACAAGAUUAAGUUUGAGGAAUGCCAAUCUGCUGCCUCAGUUGUGCAGGAAAUUACUGCUCCCCCGGUUGUGGAGGAAAUUACAGAGCCAGAGCAUCCUCAGUCAGGGGAAGUUGGAGCAUACUCUGAGAAGGAGAUCCCUUCAACUGAAUCUUCUGGAGCAGAAAAGCAUACUCCCCAUGGUAAGCCUGAAAUGGAGACUGAGCAGCCAAAGCGGUCCAUGAAGAGGUCUGCCACCGAAGAACUUGAGACCGAGGGGAAAAAAUCUGUUUUUGGUUCGAAAAAGGCAACAAAUCCUGCAUUUAUUGCGGCCCAGUCCAAGUUCGAGGUGCUGACCUCAACUGCCAUUUCUAGUGGAUCAAUCAACAUGUCCGGUGAGUCGAAACUGGAGACUGCUGUGUUGCAGGAAGAUUCUGUGACUGAGACGAAGGAAUUUAGCUUAGCAGAUAAUUCAGCUAAUCAUCAAAUGAGGACUCAAGUUGGCGGAUCUGAAUGUGGGACCGAACUCUCAAUUUCAUCCACCCUUGAUUCUCCUGAUAGAUAUGAUGCUGGAACAAUGGAAUUGGAGAACAAUGCCAAAGGUCCCGAAGAAGAGUCUUGCAGCUCCACUGGCUUCAAAGAUCAAAAGGUUGAAGCCGCAUCGACUAGCAUUCUCGACUCUACCUCAGAUCAUCCUGAGAAGAAUAAUGAUGAUGUUACUGGUGAAACCGCGAACUCAAUUAAGGCAUCAGAGGCUGUCCAAGAAGAAACAAUAACAUCACCUGAUCUGCAGAGAGAAGUUUACAACGAAACAGCUCGUCAAGCACAUAAUGGGUCCCCUGAAGCGUCUCCCUGGAGCCAUAUAACUGUACCUGAAUCUCAAGGAACUCCCGCUAGUCAGGUCUCAGUCAACACUAAGGGAAGUAAGGUCGAGAAAACUGGGUCAAACUCAAUCCACAAGCGCAAAUCCUUAAGCAAGAAAUCUCCGUCUAGCCCAUACAAUGACUCAGGGGCAAGCAGCAAGAACAAACAGUCGGGCAAAGACCAGAAGAGCAGUAAAAGGCGCAGUUCCUUUGGUUCGGCGAAGGCUGAGAAUGCUGAUCAAGAACCGAGAGAUAGCAGCAGCAGCAACUCUCUCCCACACUUCAUGCAGGCCACAGAAUCUGCCAGGGCAAAGGUCAAUGCUAACAACUCACCAAGGUCAAGUCCCGAUGUUUCGGAUAGGGAAGUCUUCGUGAAGAAGAGGCACUCACUGCCUGGUUCAAAUGGGAGGCAGGGAUCCCCUCGGAUUCAGCGGUCGACGUCUCAGGCGCAGCAGGGUGGACAGGUUAAUGGUGGGCCAGCACAAGGUAUCCCUGAAGCUCUAGCUUUUCCCAUCUUACACUCUGAACUGCCUCUCUCACUUGAGCGGAAAUGGCUGAGAUGAAGUUACCUCAAGAUUAAUCCCUAUCCUAUCAGGGCCGGUGGUGCUUAACCCUGUCGACAAUGAUUGAAGAACUCAACCACGGUACCUGGCCCGCGUGUUUCCCAAUACAUGCUCAUUUUGACAUAGUACGACUACAGAAUGCUUGGUAUUACGGGUUUGCUUGGAAGAGGAACAGAACGAAGAAGAGGCUAUUUUCCUUUUUGUCUGUUCUUUUUCUGCUAAUGGCUCUGAUCUAUGCUGUGAUUUGCUGAAGACUUGUUCCGUGGAGUGAAAGAGGUGUUUGUAUGUAGAAGAGACAUAAAUCUGUGUGUGAUAUUUGUUUCUCUCACGUUUGUUCAUACCUUACUUUUUUCAUUCGGAUUCAGAGACUGUUCCCUUGUACGAAAGAGGUUUUUCCGGUUCUUGAUUCGAACUUUUGCUAUUCGGUUGUCUUUGCA